UAACAAGGGGAGAAUAUACAAUAAUUAACAUCAGCUAUUGUACCUGCCUUGCUCAUCAAAAAUGAAUAUCUUUUGAUUAUUGAAUUCCACAAAGAAAAGAACAUAUACCUUAAUUCACAGCAUUAAAAUUUGAAUACUUGGUGAAACUGUCAUGUUAUAAAAUGGGAUGUUCAUUAAUUCUCAUUUUAAGUUGAUUCAUUCAUACCCAUCUCAUCAGAAACCAAAGCUCACUUUUUUGUUUUUCAAAAAAAGAAAAAAAAAAUCAUGUCUAUAGAAUCAUUUGUUUUCAAUGUUGCUGAAAAAGUAUUGGAAAAGGUAGCUUCUACUGCCUACGAUGAGAUUUGUUUUGCAUGGGGUUUAGAAGGGGAACUGAAAAAGCUUGAGGAUAUUUUGUCAACUGUAAAAGCUGUGCUGUUGGAUGCAGAGGAGAAGCAGGCGACAAAUCGCGAGCUGCGCGUUUGGUUGGCUAAGCUUAAAGAAGCUCUUUAUGAUGCUGAGGAUGUUCUUGAUGAAUUUGAAUGUGAGACAAAGAGAAGACAAGUGCUUAAACUAUAUGGAAUCACCACCAAAAAGGUGGGUCGCUUCUUUUCAUCCUCUAAUCCAUUAGCAUUUCGAUUUAAAAUGGGUCAUAAAAUAAAACAAGUAAGAGGGAGAAUAGAUGAGAUUGCGAGUCAUAGAACUAAAUUUCACCUCAAUGAACAAUAUGAAAGUAGACAGUUUGUGCAUAGGACAAGGGAGAUGACACACUCCUAUGUGCAAGCUUCCGAUAUCAUUGGAAGAGAUGAAGAUAAAGAAAAAAUCAUCGAACUUUUGACGAAUCCUAGUGACAAUAGGAAACUAUCUGUUAUUCCUAUUAUUGGAAUAGAGAUUGGGGGGAAAACGAACUUGCUAACUAAAUUGGUUUAUAAUGAUGAAAGAGUAAAUAGAUGUUUUCAACUCAAGAUAUGGAUAUGUGUGUCAGAGGAUUUUGAUAUAAAAAUGUUAGUUGAAAAAAUUAUUCAAUCAGCAACUGAUAGUAUAAAAAGCAUAAGCAAUUUGGAAAUGGAUCCAUUGCAAAGAAUGUUGCAAAAAACCAUAGGUGACAAGAAAUAUUUACUUGUCUUAGAUGAUGUGUGGAAUGAUGACCCCAUGAAAUGGAAUCAAUUGAGAGAAUUGUUGCUUAUGGGUGGCAAAGGAAGUAAAAUUUUGGUAACUACUCGUAGUGACCUAGUGGCCUCUGUUGUUGGCACCAUCCCUUCUUAUGAAUUAUGUGGUCUUCCCCAUGAUAAGUGUAUGGCUUUAUUUCUUAAAUUUGCAUUUAAAGAAGGCCAAAAGAAACACUAUGCAAACUUGUUAAAAAUUGGGGAUGAAAUUGUUAAAAAAUGUAAAGGGGUUCCCUUAGCUGUGAAGACACUGGCCUCCUUGCUUUUUAUGAGGACUGAUGAAGAUUACUGGAAAUUUGUUAGAAACAAUGAGUUGUGGAAAUUAGAGCAGAAGGAAAAUGAAAUUUUGCCUGCUUUAAGAUUAAGUUAUGAGCAAUUGCCAUCUCACUUGAAAAGAUGCUUUGCUUAUUGUUCAUUUUUUCCAAAGGACCAUUCAUUUGAAAGUCUUGCACUAGUUCAAUUUUGGAUGGCAUAUGGACUUAUUCAAUCAUCAAAUGAGAAUGAAGAGCUAGAAGAUAUUGGUUUUCAUUAUAUUCAAGAGUUAGCAUCUAGAUCUUUUUUCCAAGACAUCGAAUAUGAAUUUGGCGGUAUACUUGUUGUAUUUAAAAUGCAUGAUCUAAUGCAUGAUCUCGCAUUAUCAUUGAUGCAAAAUGAAUGUGUUGGAUUUAAUUUUCUAUUGUGGGCUUAAUAUGUAAAAUUAAAUAUGUACAGCAGUCUAAUUGUAAAGUCAAUUUCAAAUGUGGUAUUGAUUGUGAA